AUGUCGACAUCCAUAAAUUCAAAGUCGGGUGAGCACGAGCUCCAACACCAUGCCACCGCCGAUGGAGAUGCAAAUGAGCCACAUAACCUCCCAGAUUACCGGACAAAGUUCAUUAGUUCAGAGCACCUUCAGCAGUUCAAAAAGGCUCUCGAUGCACCGGAAGCACUGUCCCUCACUGCCGUGAACGACUGGCGGCCCAUCAAUCAACGAGUACGAAGGCCGGCUAAUGGCCGUAAACUAAGGCGACGACGAAAGGAUGAAACUAGAGAGGGAUUCGUCUAUACACUGCUGAAAUGGCCGUUUCUUAUAUUUGUUUUGACUUGGAUAGCUGUGCUGAGCUUUUGCUAUCUCCUCACCCGCUUCUAUAUACUCGUUUACGAGAAUCUAUUUUCCUGGAAAGGGAAAAGACGCAGAUUACGGAAGGCACUUCGAUCUACGGACGAAUACGAGAAAUGGAAAAGCGUAGCAAAGGAACUGGAUACAUUUUUGGGGAAUGAUGUUUGGAAGGAAGACGACGAGUAUGCUUACUACAACCAUGUUACGGUUAACGCUGUCGUUACACAGCUACAGGACUUGAGGGCGAGGAUCCAAGUUGCCACAGACGAAGGCCGUAGCCCGGAAAGAGAGCACGCGGUCGAAGAGCUUCGUGCUCUUCUCGAGGCCUGCAUCAAGAACAACUUUGCUGGCGUGGAGAACCCAAGACUCUACAGUGAAACCUACUUUGGGACAAAGCACCUCGUUCAACAGUUUAUCAACGAAGCCGAGGCAUCCUUGAAGAUUUUGGUUGAGAAUAGAGGGUUACAGGACCAUGAUAAAGCGCUUUUCUUCAAGCACCUUGACACAAACUUUGGUCGAACGGCUCUGUGCCUCUCUGGAGGAGCCACAUUUGCCUACUAUCACUUUGGCGUGGUUCGGGCCCUUCUAGACAAUGGGGUGUUACCUGAUAUCAUAUCUGGAACAUCUGGAGGUGCCCUUAUCGCUGCUCUAGUUGCCACAAGAACAGAUAAUGAGCUGAAACAGCUGCUUGUUCCCGCUCUUGCACACAAGAUCAAAGCCUGCCGUGAUGGUUUCUCCGUUUGGGUGAGACGAUGGUGGCUCACGGGUGCCCGAUUUGAUACCAUGGACUGGGCGGAACAGUGUAGCUGGUUCUGCCGUGGUUCGACAACGUUUCGAGAAGCGUAUGAGAGGACAGGUCGCAUUUUAAAUGUAUCUUGCGUGCCGUCCGACCCUCAUUCCCCAACCAUCCUGGCCAAUUAUUUGACCUCCCCCAACUGUGUAAUCUGGAGUGCUGUCAUUGCAUCUGCUGCGGUACCAGGCAUUUUGAAUCCUGUUGUCCUCAUGAUGAAGAAACCGGAUGGAACCCUGUCACCGUAUUCCUUCGGCCACAAGUGGAAGGAUGGCAGCCUUAGGACAGAUGUUCCCUUGAAAGCACUAGAUAUCCAUUUCAAUGCUACUUUUCCCAUAGUCUCACAGGUUAACCCGCAUAUCAGCCUCUUCUCUUUCAGCACUCGUGGCAGUGUUGGCCGCCCAGUUAGCCACCGCAAAGGUAGAGGCUGGCGUGGCGGCUUUCUUGGUUCUGCCAUCGAACAAUUUAUCAAGCUCGACCUCACAAAAUGGUUGAAGGUUCUCAGACGCCUCGAACUGCUCCCCCGCCCGCUUGGACAAGACUGGAGUGAGGUCUGGCUCCAGCGGUUCGGUGGCACUAUAACCAUAUGGCCUAGAUCGGUUUUAUCUGAUUUUUACUACAUUCUAUCAGAUCCAUCCCCGGAAAGAUUCGCCCAUAUGCUACACGAAGGUCAAUCAAGUACCUUCCCUGCAAUUCAAUUCAUCAAAAACAGAAUGAAGCUGGAGAAUGUUAUACGUGAAGGUUACUUAAAGUAUACUUCUCCUGACAGGAAUCCCAAUGCUACGGACUCCGGAAUCCGACGAAGGCGUGUACCUACCGGGUCCCAGUCUGAACGGGUUAUUGAAGCUGCGAUCAACGGUGAACAAACUGUCGAUCUGUUAAGUGAUCAAAACGUGAACGGAACCUAUACUUCUGAUGAACAGUAUACAACAGAUGAACAUCCCGGGAUGGAUCCAAAACAGAUACCCUCUCCUCCCAAACGUCGUGGUAGCAGUAUUAUAGAAGAGCUGAAGCGGCAAUCUGCUGUGUUCUUCGGUGAUGAUGAUGACGAUGACGACGACGACGGUGCCGCAACCCUAAGCGAGUGA